AUGGACUCUUUUGUAUACUCUGAACACGACACGCAGGCGGAGCAACUCGUCGAGUCGUUGAAUUUGCUGCUCGACAAUGUCGAAAUUCCGCUGCAAAUUGACACUCUCUACGACCUAACACCCAGCCUAUUGCUCAUGAUCCUCGAGAAUUGCCUUAAAUCCCGCUUGCCUCUUCCAGACAAGCUUCGCAGACUUCAAACUCCCGAGUCAAAAGUCGAAGUCAUCAAGAUGUUCCUUGGUGUGUUGGGCAACGACGUCUUGCAGGUGGAUCUCUCAAGCAUGGACCCACGACGGGUGAGCGAAGGAGAAUGGGAGGAACUCGUAUAUGUCGGGGAGCUUCUUAUCACCGCGUCAAAGAAUCUGGGACUACUAGGCGAGGACCAGAUCGUCGAUGCCGACUCCCAGGUUUCCUAUAGUCUUGACGACGUUGAUAACUCGACAUAUUCGAAUCUCUCUGCGUUGAAGAUUGAUACUCGCGAUAAUAGCCGUUCAACUCGAUCGCAAGCCUCUCUAACAAGCCCUACCAAGCAUACCCUUGCUAACAGGUCGACUUUGACGCCAAGAAGUCCUAAUCAAACCAUGAAGCCGACCUCUUCUCGUCUUCCGGAACGUCAAUCAACCCCCCCACCCACCCCAUUAGUGGUUUCUCCGCGGGCUGCUAAGCGGAAUCAACUCUCGAACUAUGACUAUAGCGCCCAUGGCAUCGAUGGCGCGUCGGCUUCCUCCUUUGACGAUACGUGCGAUCAAACAAAUGAGACGAUCACGGAUAUAUGGGGCAAUAGUGGGAAUCUGCGCCAAGAACGUGAUUUUGGUAGUCGUAUCGCUAAUAAGAAGCUUAGUUGGAACACAGGAACCUCCCAGAGCCGUCCACCACGUAUCUCGGACGAGUUUCUGCGCCUUAGGUCCGGCUCGUCUCUGGAGCAUUAG